GUGCUGGAACUGGAGAGUGGAUUGUGAAUUUGCGAUGACCCAAAUUUCUCUUUCUUCUUCAGCGAUUUCACCAUCUUCGCCAUCUUCACCGAUUAACGAAACCCAAUCCCUAACCCUAACUCUAAUUCCAGGCCUCCCCAACGACGUCGGAGCUCUGAUCCUCUCCUUCAUCUCCUACUCCUACCAUGGCCGCCUCAAAUGCAUCUGCAGAUCGUGGAGGCUCUUCCUCUCCUCCAAGGCCUUGAUUUCACUACGCCAUACCCACAGAAGCCUCUCCCACCUUCUUUGUAUAUUUCCGCAAGACCCUUCCGUGGCUUCCCCUUACCUCUUUGACCCCCAAAAUCUCGCUUGGUGCCCUCUCCCUCCCAUGCCCUGCAACCCUCACGUCUACGGACUAUGUAAUUUUACUUCUGUUGCCAUCGGCCCUUACCUCUACGUUCUUGGAGGUUCGGUUUUCGAUACUCGAUCGUUCCCGCUGGACCGUCCGUCGCCGUCGUCUGCUGCUUUCCGGUUUGAUUUUUAUACAUGGUCAUGGGAACGCAUAUCGUCGAUGCUGUCCCCACGCGGAAGCUUUGCGUGUGUGGCGCUGCCGAAUUUGGGUCAGAUUCUGGUCGCCGGUGGCGGGUCGCGCCACAAGCUGUUCGCCGCUGCCGGGAGUAGGAUAAGCUCGGUUGAAAUGUAUGACAUCAAGAGAGACGAGUGGGUUUCCCUUGAUGGGUUACCGAGCUUUCGAGCGGGUUGCGUUGGAUUCUUUGUUAAGGAUGGGGAAGAGAGUGAGUUUUGGGUGAUGGGUGGCUAUGGCGAAUCAAGGACGAUAUCUGGGGUGUUUCCUGUGGAUGAAUACUAUAGAGACGCUGUUGUUAUGGAAAUGAAGAAUGAAAAUGGUGGUGGAAAGUGGCGGGAGGUUGGGGACAUUUGGGAUAUUGGAGAGAGGAUAAGGCUUGGGAAGAUCGUUGUAGUUGAGAAUGAGGAUCACAGACGUCCUGGCGUCUAUAUGCUUGAUGGGAUUGACAUUCUCAGAUACGACAUGGCUUCAAAUCGUUGGCAGGAGGAGUCACGGGUCCCAAGAGAGGCGCGGUGCAACUUAUCGUCGUUAGGAUUUGUUGUGUUGGAUGGUGAGUUGCUUGUAAUUACCCUUAGGAAGGCUGUUGAGUCGGCAGACAGCCGAAGAUCUUUGCGACAGCAUAAGAAAACCAGAAGUUUGUACAUUCAAAUAUACAAUCCCAAGAAGAAGACAUGGAGAAGUCUCACUACCAAGUCACCUUUCCUAAACAACUUGGAUUUCAGUAAUGCAGUUAUGUGCAGCAUUCGUAUGUGAAUUUCACUUCUAUUCAAUGCUUAUCAUUGAUUGUGUUGGGUGCAGUGCAAGUAUGGUAACAGUACCAGCAACUUGUGCGUACAGUUCUGUAUAUUGAUUGCUACUCCAGAAGAUUUUGUACAGAUUAUAAAUAUAUCUAUCUAUAUAUUAUUGUUAUGGAAUAUGAAAUAAAUGCGUAGAAUUAUUCUAAUCUUUUCCUCGUGUAAAUAAAUUAUCAGAUUUUUUUUUUGGGUUCUCCAAAUGUAAUAAUAGUUAAUAGUUUAGUGUGA